UCCUCCUCCCUCUGUUCUCUUCAACGGUCCUCCUCUCCGGUGGUCCUUCACUUUCGGAGUCAGCAUCACUCACUCUCCGACCUACAGCACAGCAGACAGGACUACACUACUACUACACUCAGCCCGGCAGAGGAACAUGUUACUUCACAAACUGUGUGUUUGGAUCCUGUCAGUCCUGUGUGGCACUGACGUGUGUUCAGGAUUUGUCUACGACAGACCCAGACGCUCGGGAGAGGAUGGGACCUCAGCCAGGACAGAGUCUCGCUCUGCGUCUCAGUAUGUGCCAACCUCGGGCUCCUGCAGGAACAGGUGUUUUGAGCUGGUUGAGUUGGAGCCACCAAGCUGUCGGUGUGACAACCUGUGUAAGACCUACAACGGCUGCUGCUCAGACUUCGAUCAGCUCUGCCUCAGAACAGAGGGAGGUUAUGAGUGCAGCAAAGAUCGAUGUGGGGAGACCCGAAAUGAACAACAUGCCUGCCACUGCUCUGAUGACUGUCUGGCCAGAGGAGACUGUUGCACCAAUUAUAAGAAACUGUGCAAAGGGGACACUUCAUGGCUGCAGGAUGAGUGUGAGGAGAUAAAGACACCUGAAUGUCCUGCUGGGUUUGUGCGCCCGCCCCUCAUCAUGCUGUCAGUGGAUGGAUUUAGAGCUUCUUAUGUGAAGAGAGGGAACACUGUCAUACCUAACAUCGAAAAACUGAGAACAUGUGGGACCCAUGCUCCAUAUAUGAGGCCUGUUUACCCCUCAAAAACCUUCCCCAACCUCUAUUCACUGGCUACGGGUCUCUACCCAGAGUCUCACGGUAUCGUUGGCAACUCCAUGCACGACCCGGUGUUUGAUGCCACCUUCACGCUGAGGAGCCGAGAGAAACUCAACCAUCGCUGGUGGGGAGGACAGCCAAUCUGGAUCACAGCGCUCAAACAGGGAGUGAAGGCUGCCACCUUCUUCUGGCCUGUUGCUAUCCCACUGGAGAGGCGGAUAUUGACCAUGCUGCAGUGGCUCCACCUCCCUGAAGGCGAGAGGCCCUACAUUUACGCCAUGCACUCUGAACAACCAGACACAUAUGGACACAAAAUGGGGCCCAUGAGCAUAGAAUUGAACGGUCCUCUGAGGGUGAUUGACAGAAUAGUUGGCCAGCUGAUGGACGGACUUAAACAGAUGAAACUGCACCGCUGUGUCAACGUCAUCCUGGUGGGGGAUCAUGGCAUGGAAGAGGCCCACUGUGACCGCACAGAGUUCCUCAGUAACUACAUGACCAACAUUGAUGACAUCAUCCUCAUCCCUGGGUCUCUAGGCAGAAUACGCUCAAGAUACCCCAACAACCCUAAAUAUGAUGCAAAGGCUGUUGUUGCAAAUCUAACUUGUAAGAAGGCAGAGCAGCACUUUAAGCCAUACUUGAAGCAGCACCUGCCUAAAAGACUGCACUACGCCAACAACCGACGCAUUGAAGAGAUUCACCUGCUGGUGGAGAGGAAGUGGCACGUUGCCAGGAAAGUUCCUGAAGGGAAGAGGCACUGUGGCUUCUCUGGUGACCAUGGAUAUGACAAUAAGAUCAACAGCAUGCAGACUAUUUUCUUGGGGUAUGGACCUACAUUUAAAUUCAAGACUAAAGUUCCAGCCUUUGAAAACAUUGAGCUUUAUAAUGUCAUGUGUGAUCUUCUCGGUCUUAAACCAGCUGCCAAUAAUGGAACCCACGGCAGUCUGAACCACCUGCUGAGGAGCCCCCCCUACAGACCCACAAUGCCAGAGGAAGUUUCCAGGCCAGCAGCCUCUGGUCUUGUUCCUGCAGGAACAGACGACCUGGGCUGCACCUGUGAAGACAAGUUGCGUGUAAAAAGUAGGGGCCAAAGAGGUUUGAAAGUGACCCUUGUACGAGGCUAUAACCUGGAGUCACUGUGGCUCUGUCUCUUACAGAACAAAGUGGAGGAGCUAAACCAGCGACUGAGGCAAGCUAUUGAUGAUAGCAGGAACUUGCCAUACGGCCGACCUGCUGUACUCUACCGUACCAAAUACUCCAUCCUCCACCACAGUGACUACAUCAGCGGCUAUAGUGAGGCUCUCUCAAUGCCUCUCUGGACGUCAUACACCGUCAGCAGACAGGUAGAAGUGUCCCCUCUGCCUGAAGCCCUGUCCAACUGUGUGAGACCUGACACCAGAGUCCCUCCAGCCUACAGUCAGUCUUGUACCAACUACAGAGCAGACAAACAGAUCACAUACGCCUUCCUGUACCCGCCACAAUUGUCCUCAACCACUGACAAAAAAUAUGAUGCUGUCCUCAUCACCAACACUGUGCCCAUGUAUCCUGCAUUCAAGAGAAUAUGGGGUUACUUCCAGAGAGCACUGGUGAAGAAAUAUGCCACUGAGAGAAACGGCGUGAAUGUGCUCAUUGGACCCAUAUUUGACUACGACUAUGACGGUGUCAGAGACUCCGCUGAGAAGAUAAAAGAGUAUGUAAGCGGGGUGAUACCCGUCCCCACACACUACUUUGUGGUCCUGACCAGCUGCUUAGACUUCACACAGGCUGCAGACUCGUGUGCCGGUCCGCUCAGCAGUGCUGCCUUCAUCCUGCCACACAGGGCCAGCAACGAUGAGACCUGCAAUAGCUCAGAGGAGGAGUCUCGUUGGGUGGAGGACCUGCUGAAGAUGCACACAGCUCGAGUCAGAGAUGUGGAGAUCCUGACGGGCUUGGACUUGUACCGCAGAACAACUCGGAGCUACGCUGAAAUCCUCUCACUCAAGACCUACAUGCACACCUAUGAGAGUGAGAUCUGAUAUGUGCCGGCUCUGUGGACAUUUUUCAACCGUGGUGGAUGUAUGUGGUACAAAAACAAAGAGAUGUGAUCAUCUCAAUUACACUGACCUUUACCUGAUUUGGCUCUCACUGGCUGCUGUGGCUGCUGUAUGCAGCUGCUCUGCAUGUCUUCAUGUUGUGGUGCUUUUACAGAGACUUUGGUUUAAUCUCAUUUAUUUCAUCCAUCUGUUAACAUACAGCUUUAACACCACUGAGCCUCUGGCUGUGGUACUGUCCACUUUAUUCUGUGAAAGUAAGCAAUUCCUUUGCUCACUUAAAGUUAAUGAAAUUACAUCAAACUGAAAAAACAACAUCACCUACAUACAAUAUUAUUCUGGCAUUCUAAACACAGUACCUAGUUUGUCUUAUUUUAGUUUGCAAUUUUCACAAGCAGAAAGCAUGGGCUCAUAUUGAAUCCAUACUACCAGUUAUGUCGUAAAGUAUAAAUAUCAAAGAGGCCAUUAAUCGUUAUCUGAAGUUUUCUUUGAUUCAACUCAUGAUUUAGCAGAAAGGUUUUCUCUCCAGUUAGUGGUCCUGGGGCAAACAUUUACUAAUAUUGAACAACCACCGUCCUCCAAGCAUUGUGUAUUUACACUGUGCCUCCAACACACACCGCUGACACAGGAAAAACAACAGCAAUCCUAUGGUGGAAAUAAAAGCUUAUAAAGCCAUUUGAAUUAACGCAACUUUUUUUUCAUAUCAUGGUACCAUAAUAUAACUAAAAUAAUCACUCUUAACACUAUAUUUUUUUACUAAGGGCCUCAGUACAAGGCAGGGCCACAAGUUCAAAUAAUAAUGCAGGACUGAUUUGUUGGUGCAUUUUAGUUUUGAACAUUCAAGUCAAAUUCUUAAUUAUUCAAAAACCAGCUGCCACACAGUGAACCACGGGCUUUUGGGCCCAUUGAGGGUCAAGAGCCACUUUUGCAACUGUCCUGUCUACACAUACUAUACAUGUUGGGUGUCAUAUUCUUCAUAUUCCCAAAUAUUUCCAUUCUUCUAGCAGUAUUAUUACAUAUGAAGUUCCACAAAGUAGACGUCCUGCAGAUUUACCCCUGACCAAGAACAAGUAUCUGAGGAUUUUUUCAUAGUACAUAAUCUUUUCAAUUAUUUUCUAGCAAACAAAAUUCCAUAUGUGUAAAAAAGUAUUACAGUUAAGUGGUAAAAGAAAGUUUAAUUGCACUACAGAGUCCUGGACCAAGCCAUUACGUCAGUGUGUUCAUUUUCAGUUUCCGAUAUGACAUCAAUCCAUAUGACAUAUAGUUUACUCAUUACACAUUGAACACUUUCUCCGUAUGUUAAUGAAAAUGCAAUGUUGUUUGUGUGUGUGUGUGUGUGUGUGUGUGUGUGUGUGUGUGGUGAAUUCAAGAUAUUUUCUGUUUGACUAUUGAUUGUGUUUGUUUGUGUGUGUGUGUCUGUGUGUUGUGAUGCUGACUUUUUGUUCUUUUUGUUCUGUGCGCAAUAGCAAUAAUGAGGAUGAUUUAUUAAUGUAUUCCUGAAAACAUUUACCACCUGUGAGACCUAUUUAUGCUUUAUGUAAAUUCCAUCACAAUAAACAAGUGUUUUACUAAACAGGUGUAUUCAGUCCAGCUG